AUGAAACCUCUAAAGCAAUUACCGAUACUCCGUCUACCUUUUCGAGCAAUGGAAGAAGUUUCUAAGAGAAUGCACUCAAUAAUAAAAAUGGUUAGCAACCGUAGAGAUAACACAUUCCCGAUACUCCGGCUCCCGUUUCUUGCCAUCGAAGAAAUCUUCAAAACGAUGGAUCCAAUCGAAAUAAUCAAUUUCUCAAUGAUUAGCAAACGAACCAGAACAGUAGCAAAAUUGAUAAGAUUCUAUACGAAAUAUUCAAUAGAUCUCUACAUACACAAUGCGCCGGAAAUCAGGCUUGAUGGAAGAAAGGAUGUGGUAUCAUAUGUCAUGACAUCAGACAAAAAAAUGAAUGGAAAAUGUGAGGAGAAAGAACAGAAUGGUUGCAUUGAACGGAAAGUAUAUAAUUAUUCAAAGAAUCCAGUAGAGGACUGGAAACAAUUGAGUACACUUGUAUUGGAUAUAUUCAAGAAGCAAACGAUUAACUAUUUAUCAAUGCAAAUAGAUGCAUUCGUAGAUCAAAACGUUUCAAUUAUUGAUUUUUUGAAAACAAAUGAGAUAUCAGUGAACGAUUGCUACCUAUACCAAUGGGAACAAAACAACGUAGAUGAGAAUGUCGCUUAUCUCCUGAAUACUAUUACAAUUAGGUAUAAUUUAGAAACUUGGCUACACAUUAAAACAUAUUUUUUCGAUGGGAAAAUUCCAAAAAAUCUAGAGGGAUUAUAUUUCAUGAAUUCGGAAUGGAUUGGAUUUGAGAAACUGUUGGAAAUUGAUUGUAAAAGUGUGACCCUGGGAAGGAAUUGGAUCUCGGUAGAGGAAUGGAACUCAUUCUUCAAAAAAUGGAUAGCAAUGGAAACAAAUCAGAAUCUGGAAUGCUUGCAACUCAGUCACAAACAUUUGGAAACAUUCAGAGCACUCGUAUUGCAUGAUAUACCGCAUGAAGUGGUGGGUGAAGGGGUCAAACGAAUCUUGAAAACUGUUCGAAAUAGAAGCACAGAGAUAAAUGGAGGGAUCGACAUCCGACGAAUCGAUGGAAAGACGGCAACAUUCUUCGUGUACCGUGAAUUUUGGACAGAGAGUUUAGCUAUGAGUAUUCAUUGA